AUCAAGAUGAGUGAGUGAGAGAGAGAGAGAGAGAGAGAGAAGGGCGGGGCUAAACACGCGCUUCAGGGCUUUAGAUGUCGAAGCCCAUACUGAACAUCCCAGUCCUUAAGAAAAAUCUAUUUUUUAUGUUUUAUUUGCAAUAAUUAUCGCGUUAAGCUGUACAGACAUAAGCCGUCUAAGUGAUGGGGGGCAAUGGCAGCUCGCGCCACGUUUCCUUCGACCCUGAUUCGGCUGAGGAUGAGGAGGGGGUUACUUUCGUGAAGGGCAUUAGGCUUUCACAAAGAGUGAUUGAUCGUAUGAAGGACUCUCCACCUGUGGUUCACCCGCAAGCUUCAACCAAGUCCUCUACCCAGUCAACACCUGCUGUAGCUCCUCUGGUUGAGCAGCUGGUACCAGGUGAACAUCAUGGACCCAUAAUCCCUCAUCCUCCCUCAUAUGCCAGUACUUUGGUUCCUCCUCCUGUUUCAGAGCCAAUAACACCUUUCGUGCCUUUAGUACCUGGUACUGAGAAAACAUCUGCACCACCUUCACCUGAGAAUUUUCCAAAUCCUCCGCCUACAGGUGAUGAGCAUGUAGCUAUACUUGUACCUGACCCUCAACCCGCUGUGCUGCCUGCUGAACCCAUCAAUGUUCCUUCACAAGUGUCAAGUGAACCACUAACUGCUCCUUCACCACCUCCUGCCAUAACCUCUGAACCUGUAGCCAUUCCUCCUCCUCCAACCACAGAUCCACUUACUGAACCUGUAACAUCUACAGAGUCCUCUGUUGAACCUGUAAUUGUAUCUUCUGAACCUAUAGCAACUCCAUCAUCUCCUACUUUAGCUGCUCAGCCAACAUCUGGUGAGUCCAUGGACUUACCUGUUGAACCUGAGGUUUCAAGCUCCCCAAUCUCCAUACCUGCUCCCAUUCAGUCUGUCUUGGAGGAGUCUGCUGUUUCGCAAUCUGGAUCUGCUUCAUCUGUGGUUUUGCCUGAUGAAAUGCCUUCCAAAAUGCGAUUGGGUCCAAUUUCCACUGGAGAACCUGCAGUUCCUUGUGUUCACCUGGUUGAGGAACCUGUUGUGCCUUCAUUUAUUGACCAACUCGAGGUCUUUCCACCACAAACACAUGUUGUGAAUGAGGAAAAGCUCAGAAAGCAGAUCAGAGAAGAUCUCCAGAAGCUCCUGAAUGAGGAAAUGAAGAUGGCAGAGCAUAACAUGCGACAAGAGCUGGAGGAAGAGAAAGCUAAAGCGAAGGCCCAGGCUCGAGCUGCAGCCCAACUCCAGAUUCAGGAUGAGGUCCAGAAGCUUCUGGAAGAGGAGAAGGCAUCCUAUCAACAGACUCUAGCAGAUGCUAUUAGAAGGGAGAAGUUGAACGUUCAGGAUGAGCAUCUCAUAACUCAGUAUUAUUGGAUGGAGAGGAAGGCUCAGAAGCUGGAAGAGAAGGAGAAAGAUCUGGAAAAUCAGGACGCUCUGUUUCGGGAGCAGAUUGCCAAGAUGCAGAAAAAGAUGGCUCGGUUCACAAAAGUUACUGCCGAAAAUUACAAGAAAGGCUUAGAGGACGCACACAACCGCUUCAGGCGAUGCCAAAUCAAACCAGUGUGUUCAGAUCUGCAGAGUCAGAUACUGAAGUGUUACGCUGAGAAUAAAGGUCAAACUAUGAGCUGUUCCAACAUCGCAUCACUGUACAUUCAGUGUGUGGACCGCGCCAGACAGGAUAAAAAGCUGAGUACCGGAGGUUAGCUUACUGGACUGAACAUCAGAUCUGCAGUGUCAUGGUGAAAGAAAAAAGGCCAUCGCUGCAAACACACACAUCUGGACCGAUCCUAAAACUCCAGGCAUUUAGUUGAACUGUUCAUUACACAUUUCAGCAGUUUUGAAUAUGCAUUCUUUGGAAUAUGAGCCAUUAUUGGACCACUAUGGGGAAAUACCUCAACUAGUUUCAGACUCUUGUAACUGUGAAGCUAAAUGGUUUCAGGUGCUAUUGAGUUCUUGCUUUGUGUUUGGAGACAUAGUGAUUUCUUCUGUGCUCCUUCUUGUUUUAAAAUAAUGCAUAACCAAAAAGUACAAAGCGAUGCACAAUCUGCUGUCUGAUGACAAGUUUUUGCAUAGUAAAAAGUUUGUGCCUUUUCCUUUGAUACCUAAUUUUAUGGGUAUUUUGGAGAAAUGUGAUGAAAUCCAAGCUCUGCUGCUAAAAGCUGUUCAAAUGUGUAAAAUGGGUAUUAAAGGAAUAGUUCACCCAAAAAUUUAAAUUUGCUGAGAAUGUACUCACCUUCAGGCCAUUCAAGAUGUAGAUGACUUUGUUUCUUCAUCAGAUUUGGAGAAAUGUAGCAUUACAUCACUUGCUCAGCAAUGGAUGUGAAUGGGUGCCGUCAGAAUGAGAGUCCAAACAGCUGAUAAAACAUCACAAUAAUCCACACCAAAGUCUUGCAAAGUAAAAAGCUGCAUGUUUGUAAGAAACAAAUCCACCGUUAAGGAGUUUUGAAAAAGUCGUCUCAUCUGAAUCAGGAGAGAAAUAUGCAAAGAUCAAGCACAGUUCACAAGUGAAAACAGUCCAAAGCUGUUCUAAACAAAUAUAUUGGUGGAUUUUGAUGCGAGACGAUUUUGAUGUAAGUUAUGGAUUAUGGACUCAGUUUACAGUUGAAACGCUUUAACAACAGAUUUUUGUUUUCACUUUAAUUGAUGGACUGGAGUGGUGUGAAUUACUUGUGGAUUAUUGUGCUGUUUUUAUCAGCUGUUUGGACUCUCAUUCUGACGGCACCCAUUCACUGCAGAGCAUCCAUUGCUGAGCAAGUGAAAAUUUCUCCAAAUCUGUUCAGAUGAAAAAGUACCUGAAUGGGUGAAAUGAUGAAAACCGAGGUUCUAGGUAUCUAGGUUCUUUGUUGUGCAACUUUAAAUACCAUGUUUCCACUAGAUGGCGCGGUAGCCCACAGUCUGUGGCCAGAGACUGAACGUCAUUCUAAUAUUCUUGGUGUAUUAUGGAACCGGUCUAGAAGGUUAAAAGGACGACCAACCCUCUCAGUAAUGCCAAGCCUCUGAUCAGCAAAAUAUCAAUAGUUUUGGUAUGAAACAAACAUGAAGCAGUGACCUUAUUAUCCAGCUGGUUCAUUUGCAUUUAUAGCUUGUUGUCAGGUUUAUUAUUUUAUUUAACCUCUAUAUAGUACCAAAGGGGCUGUAGUUCUGUCAGUGCAGUAUUGUAUGAGAGGGUGAAAUGAAUAAGAAAUCAUGUUCACCUGACUCUUGCAUCCUCUGAUAAAUGUGUCCUACCAGCAUGAACACAUAGCCUAGAUACAGCACAGCAGUUCAUGCAAAUUUCACAUCGCUCACACUCUCUGCCUUUUCCACACUUUAUGAAAGCAUGUCUGAUGCAAUAUUCUUGGAUAAUAUGGACCUAAUUAUUGAAAUCAACAUCGACUGGCUCCUGGCUUAAUGUUUUAUUAAAAUGUUACUUAAGGGUUCAGUCAACCUCAUUAUGUUUCAGAACCUUAUGUAUGAACACAAAUGUAUACAAUUUUAUGUAGAUGUCACUCUUUUGCAUGCAAUUUGUUAUAUUUUAUAUAACAGCUUCUGAGCCCAAUUUAUUAUAUUAUUUAUAUUUUACGAAGUCAUUCAAUAGCUUUAUUUGAGAAGCAGAUUAAAAUUGAAGUUAUUUGUUAAAAAGCUUUCCUUUAAGUGAGCUGAUCAUUGAAUCAGGGAGUUAAACUCAAGAAAAAGAUCAGUCUGAUUCACAAAUUAAUCAUUUUUCGACGGAAUUGACCACUGUAUGAAUAACCAUAAACAAAUUGUUGGUGUGGCACCAAGUUGAAUUACUAAAAUGAACAAUACUAAAAUUGAAAAAAAAAAAAUAACAACAGAACAUAAAAAUGUACUUAAACGUAAAAACUGAAAAUAUAAAAAUAAAAGCCAAUUCAAAAUAUUCAUAAAUACUGUAGUAAAUAAAUAUCAUUAAAAUAAGCUUUCAUCCUCUUAUUUUCAUUAUAUAAAAAAGCAUCCAGGAUAUUUGUCAAAAAAAUCUAAUUUUGUGGCACAGAAGAAAAAAAAGUUUUAUGAAUAAUCAUAAAAAACUAACUGAAUAAACUAAUAAAAUAAACUAAAUAAAAUAUGUCUAAGCUGAAGUACUGAAAUGAAUAAUACUAAAACCGAAAUAACUGAAAAUAAAUUAAACCAAAUAGAAAUUAAACAAAUACUGAUAAUCACAAAAACACAACAGAAUGACAAAAACUUAAACGAAAAUAAAAACUGAAAAUAUGAAAAUGAAUGCUAAUUCAUAAAAACUAUAAAAGUAUAUUAAUAGCAUAGAAAUAAUAAUUUUCUAACUCACACAAAACAUGGCAUAAGUCAGGUUUGGAACGACAUGAGGGUGAGUAAAUGAUUUCAGGGUGGACUAUCCCUUUAAAUACAUAUACGAAAAUGGUAGAUAUUUAAUAAUAGAAAAGAUCUAUAUUAAAAUCAUGGCAUUUGACAGUUUUAGUAUUCUCUAUAGUAGCCGUAUUCAUUUCAUUCCACAGUUGCACAGUGUUGCUUCUGGGCAAUGAACAUUUAAGCAAUCAUAACAUGCAAAUUAUUUAUACAACUGUGAAUUUAAAAUGAAGUUUAUUCGCUAACAAAUGUGAGCCAUAUUUUCAGCUUUUUUCCACUGUUUGUCCUCAAGAUGUUUUUAAGGACUGCUUGGAUGCAGUGUGACCAAAAAAUAACUUUUAAUUGGUUUAAAUCCGAACUUGUUCCUUCGUUACGAACUAUUUUAUAUGCAUCAAGUGCUUGUAAACUGGGCUUGUUACCCAGAGAGAAAUAGACGGUUCAGGCACUUACCGAUGGCUGUUUGCAAACCUGGAACCACAACAUCGUCCUCUGCCCCUAAUGAAGCAGACGUUUCCUCAGAUUUGACUGCUCUAAAACAAUGAUAUUUGCAGUAUCUUCCCUCCUUUUCUUGAUGAAUCACAAGGCUUUGCAGGGUUACCAUCUGUUAAAUUUUGGUCUGUUCCUCAUGCAA